AUGAACAAACAACGAAUGAUGUCUCAAUCCUCUGAUAUCUACAGGAUGGAUAGGAAAAAGAUUGUUCAAGAAGCCAAAUCAUCGGAUAUGGGUGAUCAUUUUCUUGAGGCUAAUAUGAAUCCGGUUGGUCCAGAGUUGGGCAAGUCGGAUUUGAAUGCUAGCAAGUUUGGCUCUGGGUUCAGAAGGAAACAACAAACAAUUAUUCAACAGGAUAAAGAGAGAAAGGAGAAUGAACAAAUGUUGGAGCAAAGAAGGGAGAAUAGAAGAGAAUUGAGAAAAAACUUUUUAGAACAAACAAAAUUCCAAACAAGAGUAAACAUUAUUACUGGAGAGAAUUUGCCUGAAGAAUCAUCAAAGACCUCGAAACGAGUUUAUGAUCACCAUAAUAGAGAUGAAAUUACUAAACCUUUAGCAGAGAAGAGAAAUGCUCAAAAAGAGCAGCGAAUUGCCAACGAUGGACUAAUCAAAAAGAAGGAAUAUUCAGUUAAGGAUUAUUUUCAAUCCUAUUCUUCAUACGAGUGA